AUGACCCCUGCAGCGAUCUCCCCUACUGCCAUCCUCGAGGUAGAGGAUCAUGCUCGCGACGCUGCCUUUAACAAAGCCCUGCAUGGCCAGUCAUCUGAAGCACGAGGAGGAUUGAUGGCCAUGCGCAACAAGAACAAGGACGCCCAAAAAGCGGCGGUGGACGAGUAUUUCAAACACUGGGACAAUCAAUCUGCCGCGACCGAGACCGAAGAAAUUCGAAAGGCGCGGAGAGAUGAAUAUGCUACCCUGACUCGACACUACUACAACUUGGCCACGGACCUGUACGAGUAUGGCUGGGGCACUUCCUUCCACUUCUGCCGCUUCGCUGCUGGAGAAUCAUUCUACAAGGCGAUUGCCCGUCACGAACAUUACCUGGCAUUGAAAAUGAACAUGCAAGAGAACUCCCGAGUUUUGGACGUCGGUUGUGGUGUUGGUGGUCCGGCGCGAGAAAUGAUCAAAUUCUCCGGUGCCAACGUGGUGGGAUUGAAUAACAAUGACUACCAGAUUGAACGUUCGUUGCGGUAUGCGAAGAAGGAGGGCCUCGCAGACAAGUUCACGGCCGUGAAGGGUGAUUUCAUGCAGAUGUCUUUUCCCGAGAACAGCUUUGAUGCUGUUUACGCCAUUGAAGCCACGGUCCAUGCCCCCAGUUUGCAGGGUGUGUAUGAACAAAUUUACAAGGUUCUCAAGCCUGGAGGAGUCUUUGGGGUCUAUGAAUGGCUCAUGACAGACCGGUACGAUAAUGACAACCCACACCAUCGCGAGAUUCGAUUGGGAAUUGAACAAGGUGAUGGAAUUUCCAACAUGGUCAAAGUGUCAGAAGGACUGGCCGCUAUCCAAGCAGCCGGAUUCGAACUGGAGUUUCAUGAAGAUCUGGCCGAAAGACCGGACGCGAUUCCUUGGUACUAUCCACUCGCAGGGGACUUCCGCUAUUUGGCCAGUAUAGGUGAUAUUUUCACCAUUUGCCGAAUGACUUGGUGGGGACGGGGAUUGAUCCACAAGUUCAUUGGAUUGGGAGAGAUGCUGCGAUUGAUGCCUCGGGGCACACAGAAAACGGCAGACAGUCUGGCCCUGGCAGCCGACUGUUUGGUUGCAGGAGGAAAGGAGAGGUUGUUCACACCAAUGUACUUGAUCAUUGCGCGAAAGCCAGCAAAUGCUUGA